GUAACUGUUACAUUUUUGUGGCAGAUGCUGGACUUUCCAGCAGCUGUGAUAUGAAAUUGAUUGGAUAUAAAUGUACAGAUCUGAAUGAAGUCAGCUUUAUAACAUGAGAAGGCAGGAAAUGUGACUUCAUGCAAGCGACUUUACAGUGAAUUUAUUGGGGUACAGCAUAGCUGUCACUAUGGCAACGAGCGCUGUUCUCAGUGACAAUCUCCCCACGUAUAAGCUGGUAGUGGUGGGGGAUGGGGGAGUGGGGAAGAGCGCUCUCACCAUUCAGUUCUUUCAGAAGAUAUUUGUCCCUGAUUACGACCCCACCAUCGAGGACUCCUACCUCAAACACACUGAGAUUGAUGCCCAGUGGGCAAUAUUGGACGUUCUGGAUACAGCAGGCCAAGAGGAGUUCAGUGCUAUGAGGGAACAGUACAUGAGGACUGGGGAUGGGUUCCUCAUCGUGUUCUCUGUCACAGACAAGGCCAGCUUUGAACAUGUGGACCGCUUCCAUCAACUCAUCCUCAGGGUGAAGGACCGGUGGGAUUUACUACUUAACUUCCCACCGGUGGCCGUGGCCAGGACGACAGUCAUUCAUGCAUUCAGUUAUUCAUGCAGUUAUUACUCCGUCCAUCCAUCCAUUCGUUCAUUUGUUCAUUCGUUCAUUUAUUCAUUGUUAUUUUCCUUAUUUUUUAGGGAAUCCUUUCCUAUGGUUCUUGUGGCCAACAAAGUGGAUCUGCUGCACUUACGUAAAAUACCCAGUGAUCAGGGGAGGGAGAUGGCUAGUAAACACAGUAUAGCUUACAUUGAAACAAGUGCUAAGGACCCAGCCAUGAAUGUUGACAAGGCGUUCCACGAGUUAGUUAGAGUAAUCAGGCAACAGAUUCCAGAGAGGAGCCAGAAGAAGAAGAGGAAAACCAAGUGGCGGGCCGACAGGUCCACUGUCUCCCACAGACUGCACUGUGUUGUCCUAUGAUGGUUUUUACUUGUACAGCUGCUCCCUACAGGACAGGGGGAAGAUGAUUACAUGUAGGAGUGUUAACUCUCUACACAGACUUCCAGGAGGCAGUUUGUACCCUCUACCCUGACACAUGAGUUAGGUAGUAGGGUCAGGUCCAACAGCACAGGAGUUGCCCGGACAUGGGAUGUGACUGACUCGCCCUAAAAGGACCAGUGGAAUAAUUUACAGCUCUUCUGAGAAUGUGCACUAACUUACUCAACUACAUGGCGAUAAAGUGUCAUCAAUACUGCCUUUAUCUACCAAUGAAGCUCUUUGACAGAGAAACUGGACAUAUGGGCUCACAAAGAUAAUCUGUAAAUAAUUAGGACAUACUGUAGCAGGGUCACACAAACAUCGUUUUACUAAGAGGUAGGCCUUUAAAACUUGGUCCAUGUUUUUUAAAAUCAUUUUCUUGUGAUAGUCCCUAUCAUUAAGAUGGAGGCCAUUGAGUAAAGCACUGGAAGGAGGGAGGAAACAGCUUUCCCCAGCGAGGGGGAGUAUAGUAGAGAGGGGAGUGAGAGGAGGGGAGAGGAUGUGUCUGUUUCUGUUGGAAUCAGUGGGCCUGUCAGACAACAGAGAGAAGAAGGGAAAGUGAGGAAAGAGAUACAGAGAGAUUCCAAAUGCAUAGCAUCUGGCAAUGGGACUCCAGACAUUGUGUCAAAGCCUGGGAGGCAGCCAAUGUGUAGCCCCAUAAUUUAUACAUGGAGAAUGUCUUUCUAAUCUCUGAACAAGACUGUUAUAUAACUGUAUUGUAGCUCUUUGAACACACCAAAUGUCUUAUUUGAAUGUACACUUAUGAACCAUGACCAUUUUGACUUAUCAGUGCUCACUGGAUGUAGUUGUGUACUUCUCAAAACACUUUAAACACACUAUUGUGUGUGUGUGUGCGUGCCCCGGAUAUGUUGUGGCCUAGACGAUGAAAUCUAAUUUUCACAUGUGAACAUUAGUUUUCUUUGCUACUAUUUCACUAUUUAUUUUAUAGAAGUAAUUUAUUGCCGUGUUAUCAUUAGUACAAGGCUACUCCAGAGAGGCACAAGGCACAGAGCUUAACUAAGAAAUUGAAGGAACAAAAGAUGUGUAAGCAAUUUAAAUGUGUGUUAAUACAUUUUGUGUUAUAUUAUAUAUGUGUACACAUCUUGGGUUAACUGGUUUGUCUGGAUAAAACCAUAAUUAUAAUGACACAGAA